AUGUAUCUUUCUUUUAUUAUUUCUCUUCAUUUGAUGGUCAAAAGGUGCCUUUUUUCUUUCUUUUUCUUUGUUCUCUUCUUCGCUUUAUCUAGAAAAGUUGAUUGGAAAUUUUAUAUCUUUCUUUCAUUUCACUCUCUAAUCUAUCCCUUAAUAUCUUUCUUUGUUUUUCUUUCUUCCUUUCUUUAUUUUUUUCGUUCUUUUUUUCUUCUUUUUUUCCUUCUUACUUGCUUUAUUAUUUUUUAUUUUUUCCUUCUUUUCUUUUUUCUUUCUUUCUUUUCUUUUUUCAUUGUGUGUUUCCUUCCUUCCUUCUUUUUUUCUGUCUUUCUUUCUUUCUCAUUUCUUUCUUUCCUUUUUUGUUUGUAUGUUUCUUUUUCCGUUUCCCUUUUCUUUGUUUCCUUUCUUCUUUCUUUCUUUCUUUCCUUUUUUGUUUGUAUGUUUCUUUUUCCGUUUCCCUUUUCUUUGUUUCCUUUUUUCUUUGUUUCUUUGUUUCUUUCUUUCUUUCUCAUUUUUUUCUCUCCUUUUUUGUUUGUAUAUUUCUUUUUCCGUUUCCCUUUUCUUUCUUUCUUUCUUUCUUUUUUCUUUCUUUUUCGGGUUCGCUUUUGCCCUCUCCAUAAUUUUAUCUUUCGUUACCACUAUUAA